AUGUCUGACCUUUUCCGAGAGUCAGCGCUUGGCCAAGCCAUUCGCCUUGUCUCUGGAAACAAAUGGCUACAAUAUCCAGAAGAGAAACCUGGUUUCGUUCUACCACCUCAAUAUGCAGCACUCUUAGCAGGCAACGAGAAACAGCAAGAGGCAACCUCUAAUCCUUCGACUUCACAACAACCUGCAAGCGGUCCAUAUCGAGACCAAAGAGCCGACAUUGAACAGCAAGCUGAGCUUCAAAGAACAAAAAGCGAGCCUAUUGCUCCGCAGAAAACGAACGAUGGGCUUAUACUAGUCGAUUGGUACACAACCGAUGAUCCAGAGAAUCCUCGCAACUGGUCGUCGCUGAAGAAGAGCUAUAUUGUCUUCGUCAUAUGCUUGUAUACAUGGGUCACCUAUGUAGCCGGUUCGGUUUUUGCCUUCUCUGAACCAGGCAUUGUGGAGCAUUUUGGCGUCAGCAUAGAAGCGUCUGAGCUUGGUCUUGCUUUAUAUGUCUUGGCUUACGGCGUUGGGCCGCUAAUCUUCGGACCUCUGACCGAGAUUCCAGUCAUCGGGAGAAACCCAGUUUACUACCUCACCUUCAUCGUCUUCUUUGCUCUGUCAUUCCCAGCAGCCGCAAUCAACAGCUUCGGUGGUCUCUUGGCCAUUCGAUUCUUUGCUGGCUUCUUUGGAAGUGUGGGCAUUGCAAUUGGAGGAGCUUCUAUCGGUGACAUCUUCACCCUCAUCUACUUCCCCUACGGCCUUGGUUGGUGGGUGCUAUCGUUCUGGGCAGGGCCUGCUAUCGGGCCUACCUUUGCUGGCUUUGCAGCACAGUCAAAAGGCUGGAGAUGGCCACUGUGGGAAAUUGUCUGGAUCUGUGCAGUCAUGGCCAUCUUCUUGCUGGCUCUUACUCCCGAAACGUCCACGCCCAACAUUCUGCUGAGGCGCGCCAGGCGACUUCGAAAGCUCACUGGUGACUCGCGCCUCCAGUCUGAAAGUGAAAUUGAGCAGCGCAACAUGACCGGAUCUUCUGUGCUAAUUGCUGCGCUGAUCCGACCGUUUGAAAUCACAAUCAAGGACCCGUCAGUUUUCUUUGUGAAUCUGUACACAGCCUUGACCUACGCGAUUUACUUUACCUUUUUCGAGGUCUUUCCUCUAGUCUUUCCACCUUUCUAUGGCUUCAAUCUUGGGGAGACGGGUGCUGCAUUCUUGGCCUGUGAGGUGGGAGCGAUCAUUGGCCUUGUUAUUUACUUUGCCUACCUUUACUUUUACAUGAUUCCGGACAACAUUAAGAACGGAUUCCGUGAACAGGAGCACCGCUUGCUGCCGGCGAUUUUCGGUUCCGUUGUCAUUCCUGUCGGGCUUUUCAUCUUUGCUUGGACUGCUCGGCCCAGUAUCCACUGGAUCGUGCCGCUGAUUGGUGUCGCCAUCUUUACUGUCGGCCAAUACUGUGUCAUUCAGGGCCUCUUUAUGUAUGUGCCGGUCUCGUAUCCUCAAUACGCGGCCUCAAUCUUCACAGGCAAUGACUUGAUCAGGUCGGCUAUAGCUUCUGGGUGCAUUCUUGCUGCCAGGCCAAUGUUUAUCAACUUGGGAGUGCACAAGGGUGUAACAGUCUUGGCUGGACUCAGUGUUAUGGGAAUCAUUGGUACACUGUUAAUGUACAAGUAUGGCAAGAAGCUUCGUGCAAAAUCCAAGUUUGCACAAUAG